AAACCGAAAAAUUCAAAUUUCAAUUUUCUCUUUUCAAAAUUUUCAUUUUUUCCCAAAAAACUUUCGACAUGAAUAAAUCAUUCAGCGAUCAUGAGUCCGAAUGUGUUGGUUUUUCAAGAACCUGCGAAGAUAGCAAAGAAACCGCUGAAAUUGGAAUUUCAACAACAGAAGUCUGUUCAUUUGAUAAAACGACUGAACCAGUAGCUACACGUAGUAUUGAAGUACAAACGACAGAACGUUCAUCGCAGAAACCAGCAACGAUUGAUGAUAGUGCUCUGCUAGAUUUCAUGAGAAGAUUCGCUCCUAGAGUUGAAGAAGAAUUACGAAAAAAGAACAAACACUUCGGUUCCGAAUACACUCAAGCUAUCUCUAAAAAUGAAGACGACAUUCCUACUAAAAAAAUUACCUCGUUAGUCAAGCACAAAACUAUGGAAAAAGGGAAGAUCAAACACAUAUCUUGGAGUUGUUAUGGAAAUAAGAUCGCUUUGAGUGUUAGUCAUAUGAAACACGAAGACUGGUGUAAACACGAUUCGUAUAUUUUGAUUUACAGCUGUGAUAAAAACGAAGAAUUUACAAACGAAGCUCAAGAAUGCAUUGAAAUAAACACUUGUAUAAUGGAUAUGAAAUUUCACCCUUCUCUGAAUUCCUUAUUCGUACUAGCUACCGAAGAAGGCAAAGUCUACUACUAUAAUUUAUCAGAAAAACAAGAAAAUAAUUCUCCGACUGUGAUCUGUCAUAAUAACGAAAAAAUCACGCAGAUUUCGUGGGUUACGUUGAAUUCUCAAACAUGCUUAGCAGUAUCCGGUGCAGAUGGAAUCUUGAGCUUAUGGGUGCAAUUAACAUUGGCAGAAAAUUGGAAACAAUUGAAAAAAUUCACAUUCAAAUCAAUCGAAGAUACCACCGAACGAGCAAUAAACUGUUUUGAAUUUUCUACUCUCAAUAGUCAAAAUUUUAUAGUAGCUUUGGAAAGAAAAUUACUGCUAAGAUGUUCUACAGCAGUUACUUCGUCUUCGUUGAUAGAUAGCGAAUUUCUAAAUCCUACCAUAAGCGAGUACGAUUGCUCUUCAACUUUAAUAACUUGCAUACGUUUUUCAUUAUUUGACGAAUAUAUCUUUGCAACAGCUUCGAUCGAUCAACAAAUCAGGGUUCACCACUUAAACGAAAAAACUCCUAUAAGUGUAAUUUCAACCGAAUACGUUACCUCGACUUUGGAAUGGAAUCACUUACAAGAAGAAGUAUUUAAAAACUGCUCGAUGAACGGUGAAAUACAGUUUUAUAAUUAUCGCAAAAAUGCAUUAGUCAAAACUCUGAAGCCUAGCGAUGAAAUAAUAUCGGCAGCUUUUAAAGUGAAGGGUAUGAAACAAAUGUUCGCAAUUGCUGACUCGGCCGGAGAUGUGUCGCUGUGGCAAACAUCUCUAUUCAUCUAAACAGUAGUUUUUUGGAAAAUAACUACCUACUCGUAUAUUUCCUGUAUUUUCCAGUCGAACGAAUGUUCCAUCUUCAUUAUGAAUUGUUUGUUCAACGAAACGCUUCAUAUACGAAUUUCAUUUUCCAUUGAUGAACAAAAAUAUGCGUAGGUUUCUGUUUCUCAAGAGACUGUUUCACUUUUUUCCACUUUUUUAAACAUAUUAUCAGCUUCAAUAAGUUUAAACGCUCGUUUCCGAAAGAAUACUUCAAAAACAUCAUUUUUUGGGUGGUUGGCUUUAAUUUUUAGUCGUACGUAGGUUGCAUGUGAUUUACAAUCAUUAAAGGGAUUUGGGAUUCGGGCUACGGUGAAUUCGAGAAUAAAAAUAAACAUGUUUCAUAUACAUCGAAAACAAUUUCUCUGAGCUGUUAUUCGUGAAAAACUUUACGAAAUACUUUAAGAAUUUACUUGACAGUUUUUUUGUGUGUUAAUGAAUUUACCAAAAUGAUUUCCAACUUCGAAAUAAUAACUUGAAUUUUUCAAAAAUCAACGUUCUCAAACUAGGUAGGUAUAGAUGAACUUAGUUUGUUUUUCAUUUCUACAUCAAAUAUCAAAAUUGAUUAGAAAAUUAUCCAAACAUUUAGCCUAAGAUUCGCUUUUGUAUCAUUUUCCAUUCGCAGAAGAGAUUGAAUCGAAACAAUAUUUUUUUUCUUUAUAAUUACUUAUCAACGUGUGAUAACAAUAUAUUUUAUGCACCGGUGAAGUUUUACCAAAAGUUUUAUAAUAAAUAAAGUUUCCACAUAUUUGUUUAA